AUGCUCCAUUGUAUCUGUAUUCCCAUGGAUCGAAGAGACCUUCUUACGAUUUCCGGCAGUUGUGUUCCUAAGAAAAUGACCUGGAAUUUUGCGCAUAUCAACGAGAUGACUGAUGCUGGAAAACAAUACGGCUAUGGGUUUCCAGAACAGGCCCCAAUAGACUACGGAUGUUUCAAGGCGAAACGAGAUGCUACCGUGAAGCGACUGAAUGGCAUCUAUGAGGAAAACUGGAGUAAAGAAGGCAUUGAUCUCGUACAAGUCCGAUACACAGCACCACACAUCCUCAUUGCUACAGGGAGUUAUCCAAACAUCCCGGAGGUGCGGGGCGCGCAACACAGCAUCACCAGUGAUGGCUUCUUUGAAAUGGAGAAACCCCCGUCCAAGAUCGCUGUUGUGGGGGGUGGUUAUAUUACUGCAGAAAUAGCUGGAAUGAUGGCAGUCGUUAAAAUUGAGACACAUUUGUUUAUCCGUGGCGAGACCUUGCUGAGGAAGUUUGAUCAGAUGAUUCAGAAGACUAUGAUGAACUGUUAUGAGCAGCAGGGCAUCUUCAUACACCGUCACCACAGAGGGUUCAGAGAAAUACAGUUACUUCAAGAUGGAGAAGGCAGCGAUAAGCUGCUGAGGCUGGUUAGCUACGACGGAUCAGAAAUGGUCGCUAAUGAACUGUUGUGGGCCAUUGGUCGCAGCCCGGAAAUCCACGACUUGCGCCUUGAGCGUGCGACGGUCGACUUGAUGUCUUCUGGUCAUAUCAAGGUUGAUGCCUACCAAAACACUUCAGUACCCGGAAUCUAUGCUUUAGGAGAUGUCACUGGACAAGCUGAGCUCACACCAGGUAUUUGCUAUUGCGGCAGGCCGUCAGCUCAGCAAUCGACUAUUUGCCCCCCCCCCCCCCCCGAGUUUGCGACUGCCAGGUUGUCCUACGAGACUAUCUCAACAGUCGUAUUCGCUCACCCUGAGAUUGGCUCCGUAGGGCUUACAGAGUUCACCGCUCGUCGACAAUUUGGCGACGGUCAGGUUCGAAUCUAUCACACGCGCUUCACUGCUAUGUUUUACGACGUUCUCAACGACGAUGAUAAGACAAAAUACCCCACCGAAAUGAAACUCGUAUGUGUCGGCACCACCGAAGAAGUUGUGGGUCUCCACAUGGUGGGUCUUGGAAUAUCUGAAAUGCUGCAAGGGUUUGCUGUGGCUGUGAAAAUGGGCGCGACUAAGAGAGACUUUGACAGCUGUGUUGCAAUUCACUCCACCAGCGCCGAAGAGUUAGUUACUUUACGAUAG